AUGCCGCUGCAAGGAAAAAAACGCUACCACGGUAAACCCAUGUGUUUAAAUUUAAAGAGUGAUAAGGCUGUGCGGUGUAAGUCGAAUCGGGACGAGUCAAAAUCGCUCGAAAACGAGUUCAACGCUUUCUUCUUGAAGGAGAGCGACUCGCUGAUGAAGAAGUAUUUGACUUGCAAUGUCUUCAGAGCAAUUAAGCAUCGGAAAACUAAGUUCGGGUCAUCCCUCUUCGACGUCAUCCGGUCGGGCUUAAAAAAUCUAGACUCCAGCAUCGGUGCUUACGCCAGUGAUCCCUGUGCAUACGAUGUGUUUGCCGACCUCUUCAAUCCCAUCAUCGAAGAAUAUCACGAGGGUUUUAACGCCGAUCAAAUACAUCCACCAACCAACUGGGGUGAUCCAACGAAAUUGCCGAAUCUCGAUCCUACGAACAAGUACGUCGUCUCGACGAGGGUCAGGUGUGCCAGGUCUGUCUAUGAUUAUCCUUUCAACCCUAAGAUGGAGAAGGAGCAUUAUUGCGAAAUUCAAAGAAAAAUAUCAAAAGCAUUGGGCAAUUUGGAAGGCGACCUGAAGGGCACAUACCAGUCACUGGUUUCCAUGGACCGUGUAACGAAGGAGAAACUGAUCAGUCAACACUAUCUCUUCAAGGAGGGUGACCGCUUCCUGCAGGAGGCUGGAGCCUGUUCUUUUUGGCCGGCUGGUCGCGGCAUUUUUUACAAUGCCGAGAAAACAUUACUGGCAUGGUGCAACGAGGAAGACCACCUGCGCUUGAUUUCGAUGCAAGAGGGUAGCAAUCUCGCAGAAGUCUACGGCCGUCUAGUCGAGGCAGUGACCUGUCUGGAGAAGACAAUCACGUUCGCCCGCCACGAACGUCUCGGCUACUUGACGUUCUGUCCGACUAACCUCGGCACAACUAUUCGCGCUUCGGUGCACAUCAAGCUGCCCAAUCUCUCUGCUGAUUUGCGACAGUUUAAGUGCAUCGCCUCCACAUACAACCUGCAGGUGCGGGGCACGCAGGGCGAGCACAGCGACAGCACGGAUGGCGUCUACGACUUGAGCAACAAAAGGCGCUUGGGGUUGACGGAGUGGGAGGUUCUCGAAGAAAUGAGCCACGGCAUCAUGGAGCUCAUCAAACGAGAGGCUAACCUCGAGAUCGAAAUCGAGAAAUCGAGUGCCGGUCUUCCGUCACCGGCCCGCAAAACCUUGUCGACCUCAUCGACCUCCGCGGCUCCGUAG